UGCUGUGGGUUCCAGCAUCCAAACAGCUACCAGGCAAAGACGCCAAAGAGCAUCCAACCAUCCACGAGCAGCAGGAACUCAGAGAAUCAUGCAUCGGUCUUCCCUUCCCCUCUGCGGCCUCCUCCUCAUCCUGAACCUGCAGCUGUUCAGCACAUAUCCCAUCAGCUUGACUGACACUGACAUGGACAUCUUAAAGGUGCUCCUUCAGAGACUAGAGGAGUCUGUUUCAGAGCAGACGGAGGUGGACCAGACAGUCCCUGCAGAGAGGGACGGUCUGGACAGCCUGAACACAGAGGAGGCAGCAGGACCGCAGCCCCAAACUGGACUGGACGAGGCGGCGAUCCGGGAGCUUCUCUCAGCCAAGAACCUGAAGAGCGUCCGCAACGACUCGUCCAGGAAGUCCUCUGGCUGCUUCGGCCGGCGGAUGGACAGAAUCGGCUCCAUGAGCUCCCUGGGGUGCAACACCGUCGGCAGAUACAAUCCAAAGUGAAGAUGAAGUCUUACCAUCUAAUUUCUGGAACUGCAACGUCUCUAC